AAGAAGAAGAAGAAGAAGAAAGUCCUCCCUCCGACGACGACUAACGUACUGGGCGGGUCGAAACACUAGACACAUAUAAACCAGAAGACGCUUUUGUUUCUGUCUAUUGAUCCUGAGUGGCAGUAUCAUGGCUGAGGCAGACCGACCAGGGAAGCUCUUCAUCGGUGGCCUGAACACUGAAACUAGUGAGAAGGUCCUUGAAGCGUAUUUCAGCAAGUUUGGCAGAAUAUCAGAAGUUCUGUUGAUGAAGGAUCGUGAAACGAACAAAUCUAGAGGCUUUGCGUUUGUAACUUACGAAAAUCCUGGUGACGCAAAAGAUGCGGCGAGGGAAAUGAACGGAAAGCCCUUUGAUGGAAAGCCUAUUAAAGUGGAACAGGCCACGAAACCUCAGUUUGAGUCUUUGGGACGCCGUGGUCCACCUCCAUCACGGAGUCGUGGCUCUUCUAGGGGUCUGCGAGGGUCUAGGGGAGCAUCAAGCAGAGAACCCUUUUUUAAAGGCAUGUCAUCCAGAGGCCCUCCGCCACUGAAGAGAGGCCCACCAGAGCGUAAUGGAGGGCCCCCAUCCAAAAGAUCCACAUUCUCUGGGCCAAUGGGAAGACUGUCCAGAGAACGGGACCCAUACGGCCCCCCUCGCAGAGAUUCUCUGAUGUCACGGCGUGAUGAUGGUCCUCCACCUCGUUAUGACCACUACAGUAGCAAAGACAGUUACUCCAGCCGUGACUACAUGAGUUCACGGGACAGUCGAGACUAUGCCCCAUCACCACGUGAUUACCCGUACCGGGAGUAUUCGGGCCAUUCCAGUUCUAGAGAUGACUAUGGGUCAGGAUCCAGAGGUUACAGUGAUCGUGAUGGUUAUGGUGGAGGACGAGAGCCCAGGGGUUACAUGGAUCGGCCCAGUACGGGCUCCUAUAGAGAUCCUUACGACGGUUACGGUAACUCACGCAGCGCCCCACCCUCAAGGGGUCCCCCUCCGUCCUACAGUGGGAGUAGUGGAAGCAGUCGUUAUGACGACUAUGGCAGCAGUUCCAGAGAUGGAUAUGGCAGUCGUGACAGUUAUCCCAGCAGUCGGAGUGACCCGUACUCCACUAGUCGUGGUGACCGUCUGGGUAGGCAAGAGCGAGGGCCACCCCCUCCUCUUGACCGAGGCUAUCAUCGUGAAUACAGCAGCUCAAGCCGUGGGGCGCCUCGAGGCGGUGGCCGCGGUGGUCGGCCAGAUAGAGGAAUGGCCCGGAACCGAUACUGAGAUGGACUCUGUGGAAAAACAAAUAAAACAGAGAAAUAUGAAAAGUUCAAAAGACUUUAAGGUUAAAAAAAAGCACCCUUUUAAACUCUGGACUUCAAGCUUCAGUUUCAAGCUGUACUCAAACUUGUGAAAAGUUUUUAUUUUAUUAUUUUUGUCCUUUUUAAAUUCAAAGUUUCGUUCUCUUCUCUUGCCCGCUUCCCAUUUAAUGGUACCAUUGCAAAUCUAAGUUUGUUCUUUUUGUAUACUAGUGACAUGUUAAACCUGCAGUGCCCUAACAUAUGGCUUUCAUUUACCAAUAAAGUAUUUUUAAACCAAGCUCCUAAGCAACAACAACUCCAUUCAAGAGAAUGAGAAACUAUGAAGUGUAAAUAUCCAUUAACGUUUCAGCUUUCCAUGGUGAGCAACCCCAAAUUCCACUUAAUACAAAUGCAAUGCAGAAUAUUCAUGUAGGCAUGAUUGUUCACAUUGUUGGGGACUGGGCAAAUGUCACCUUUUUCCAAACUCUAUGGGUGUAGUCUUCCUCAGUGCAAAUGGAUCCUUCAUCACAAAGCCUAAACAUUGACGCCUUGCAUCGACCAAUCCAAAGACUACCAAAAUGCAAGAAACAAAUCCGCACCACAGAUAAAACCUGUCAACAGCUGGUAAGCAAAGCAAACCCUUUUGUUCUGGUGUAAGUCAAGUCUCGGUGGUGUUAUUUUGCAGCUUGAAGGUUAUUGUAAUUUAGUCAAACAUCGACUUGGUUGCACUGGCUUUUUCAAAUGCAAUCUGAACUAUGUAAUUUCCAACAUUUAUUAACAAACUCACUUCUGCCUUCAAAGGAGUCUGGUCUUUCUCUCUCUCUCCCCAGCCACUGGAUCACUUCAGUCUUAGUCUCAGAAAUAUCAGCCAGUUCUACUGUUGCACUAAAGGAGAAAAUGUGUGGAUUUUUUUCCCCCUACCCCUUGAGAAAUUGCCCACCUUUUUUUUUUUUUUUUAAUAAGGAUGUUAAGAUAAUUCUCCUCAAUGGAUGUAUAUCUACAGCCAAAUGUAAACCACAUAGCUGCAAAACCUCUUCAAACCUCCCAAUGUGGAACCCUUUUGAAAAUUUAGUAAACUCACUUAGUGUAACCAAAAAGCCAGAACGCUCUCAAGCAUGCCGAUUCUAACAAAGGAGACCAUGUGGAGAAAGACCGCACCCUAUCAACAAUCCUGGAAAACCUAUCAGCUUGGGUUGAAGGGAGGAAAGGGAGUUUGCUGGUAAUACGUCACUGCUGAUCAGCACCUUUUGCCAUUUGGUGAUGCAUGAUGGUCUCAAGUAAGAUGCAGAUCCGAACUAUGCAGGUUCUUUGGAGGCUGCAGUUCAUGGAGGCGGAUGUUUGGAUGGAGUGCUACAGAUGAAGUGCCUUUAUUUUUCUUUAUUCAAUAAAACUAUUAUUUGAAAUGAA